AUUUUAAGGUAAUGACAAGAUUGUUAUUACUGUUAUUAUUUCUGUGCACGGUGCAAGAAUUAGCUGCAGAAUUUGAAGCGACAGUUGAGCAUACUGUGGCGACCUAUAAAAUCGAAGGGCAAAUCAUUUUUCCAGAAUCAUUUACCACGCAAAAUGGCAACAUGAGUCCAAGUCGUGUAUUGGUGAAUUAUGAUUUUAAACAUGUUGCAUUUGUAAGGCAAGAUGGCUGGUUUGUAAUUUCAGGAGUUCCACCAGGUUCUUAUAUUAUUGAAAUUUCAAACAUCGAUUAUGCUUUUGAACCGGUACGAGUUGAUAUUACCUCGAAGGGUAAGAUAAGAGCGCGGCGACUUAAUUUAUUACAGCCGUCACUUGUAUCCUCACUUCCAUAUCCCUUGCGCUUGAAUGCAGUGCACCAAAUUAACUACUUUCGACCUCGAGAAGAAUGGCACUUAACAGAUAUGCUUACUAAUCCAAUGGUUUUAAUGAUGGUUGUGCCUCUUGUUCUACUUGUUAUAUUGCCAAAGCUUGUUAAUGCAAAUGAUCCUGAAGUUAAAAAGGAGAUGGCUAAAACUAUGCCACAGAUGGAUGUCCCUGAUGUUUCGGAAAUGUUGGCUUCAUGGCUUGGUGGAAAUCCAAAAAAAACAAGAAGAACAGCAACAGGAAACAAAAAACGACAGUGAUAUAGCUCACAGAUAUAUUACAUGGAUAGUUGAAAUAUAUUUUGCUAUCGUCGACCUCAGUGUUAGAUAUUGGGGCAUCUUCUUUUGUUCACUGUUUAAAUUUUUCAAGUGGAAGACUGCAAAGAAUUUUGAUCAAAAACAUGCACAAGUUGUAUAUUUUUGGUGUUGUAAAAAGUUCUGUGUAGUCAAUUUCUUUUUCAUCUUUACGGGUUAUCUGUACUCUUAAUUGCCAAGCUAAUCUAAUUUGCUUAAUUUUUCUACGUUAACGUUGUACUAGAA